AUGCGUGUUCUGUCCUGUUCUUUUCUCCAUCUGAGCGCCUCAGACAGUGCCAGAGCUCCUUCAUUCCCAAUUGAGUUGUUCCAUAAGAUCAAAUUAGUCAAGGCCGUGUUUGUCUUGAGUGCCUCUGACAAUGCCAGAGCUCCUUCAUUCCUAAUUGAGUUGCUCGAUAAGAUCAAAUUAGUCAAGGUCAUAUUUGUCUUGAGUGCCUCUGAUAGUGCCAGAGCUCCUUCAUUCCCAAUUGAGUUGUUCCAUAAGUUCAAAUUAGUCAAGGCUGUGUUUGUCUUGAGUGCCUCUGACAGUGCCAGAGCUCCUUCUUUCCCAAUUGAGUUGUCAUUCAAGAUCAAAUUAGUCAAGGCCGUGUUUGUCUUGAGUGCCUCUGACAGUGCCAGAGUUCCUUCAUUCCCAAUUGAGUUGCUCCCCAAGUCCAGAUUGGCCAAGGUCAUAUUUGUCUUGAGUGCCUCUGCUAGUACCAGAAUUAUUUCAUUCCGAAUCGAACUGUAA